CCGCUUAAGGGUCCCAAAACAAAACCAGGGGGAGGAGAGUCAGAAGAAGACAAAACUAAAAUUCCACAGAAGAAUCUGAGCUUAUUGUCAGUGCAGGAGAAUUGACCCUUUCAGUCGUGUCGUGGAGAGCCAAGGAUAAGAAGAGUAUCUGGAGAGCAACACUAAUAGCCGAUAUAUUUGGACACUUGAGAUGGCCACGGUUACGCACGCACGCGUUUCGCUGCUUGUCCUCGCUUUCGUUGCUGUCACCGUGGGAGUGGAGUGCAGAUCUCUGCGUACGCAGUUUCGUAAGGUGACAUCGAUUCUAGGAGAGCGUAAAAUCCGUAUUGCUCACGUCCAGAGACGGAUGCGUCGGGAGCCGGGGUCCGAGCGCGAACAGUGCGCUCUUUUAAGCGCACCGUGGACGGAGAGCACCGCUCCUUUUGGAGACUGGGGCCAAAUGUAUCGCCUAAAAAUAUUAUCGACGACGAGUGACGGUUCACGUCCCGCCGUUUUUCCAGAACACCCCCUCUUCCAGUUUGUGAGAAGGGUUUAUCGUUGUUGUCAAAUUGGGUACCACUGCGGAAGUGUCAAAGGAAUACAAGGACGAAAACCUGGGGAUUCCAACAUUGAGUUUCUCCUUGGGAUGGACGUGUUGUCAGGACCAUUGGCGAGAGCAGAAGUUCAUUUUCACUUUUCAAAUCCCCAACACCUCAACAUCCAACCUGUUCUGACCUCUUUGGAAAAACGAGGGUUUCCUACUAGGUACAACGUAUGGUUUCAAGAUGGUGUGGUGGAGCUAAGAGUAGAUCUGCUUGCCCUCUUCCAAGCACUGCAGCUGGCCACAGGAGGACCCAGUAGAGGCCCGAGCCUGAUAGAAAUUCAUCGGGUGAGGGGCUUGACCAGACCAGGGGUCCUUGACCAAAAGGAAAGACCCCCAGCUCCUCAAGACACAGCGAGCGUACUGUGGGGGGAUGUGAAUGAAGACAGGGAGGGUGCGGCCCCCCUGCAGCCAGCUUUAGAGCUUGGACUGGCAUUACACUGCAGCUUAGAGAACAAUAUCGCACAGCCCUGUCAAAACUAUGGUGUACAUUUAGCACAUGCACCCUUCAUUGCUCUGACAUACAGAGAGCGGGACAAAUGGGGUUAACUUUAAAAGUGUUCGUCAAAUGAUAAAUGAAGAAACUGAUCAUGUGUCCAGCCAAACAUGGUCAAUCUUUGGCCCCCCUCCCCUUCACAAGUUCUUUGUGGCCAUAAAGUCUCUGUCCAUUCAGUCCACUAACACCUGGUGUGAAUGUUCCCUGGAUGGUUCGCUAUUUCAAGAAUUGCUAAUGAUUCCCAUUGUUUUGCGACAAUGGCAAGCUUACUGGAAUUCAGAGUGGCCAAUGUAAUUUUGGAACACUAUAGGCACUUCAGCAUGUAAAUUGAUUUAUUAAAUUAUGGGUGUUAUUUGUGAGGAAAAAGUAUCACUGUAUAAACGUAAAUAGUGUAUAAUUACAGUUAUAUAUAUAAAUAAAUUGUUUGCAUUGUA